UAACUGGAGGCAAGACAGGCUAACUAAGAUCGCGGGAGCCUUGUGUGGUCUCUGCCUAUAUGAUAGAUUACACACUAUAUGAGUGACGAGAUCCUUCUUGAACUGAACAUUAUUGUUUUGAACUGAACUUACUGAAUUCUUUUGAUUAUACUUUCGAACUUUGAACUGCACCUGAGUUUUUCCAACCAAGUUUUGACUCAAACUGAUACAAUGCCAGUCAAAUCAUCAUUGCCAACUAGUAUUACGAGGUCGGGGCCUCAAGUUCAAGUGUUGAGCCCACCUCAAAACAUGAGGCGGAACUUGCAUGCGAUCGCAGCUUCGGCUCCCAUCAAUGGGACGACAUCGCCGGCCGCCGCACAUAUUUUGAACUACGGAAUUCAAAGCAACCAAACUACCAAUCCAUACUUGCACUUUUCUCCGCCUCCCAACGGAGCCGGAAGCUACCCCGACCUAGAGGUGCUCUACUCGCCAAACAACACUAUGCCUCCGAGACGAGAAACAGGAAUUAUCGAGAAAUUGCUGCAGAACUUUGGUUUUGUUCAAUGCUGUGACAGGCAAGCUCGGUUGUUUUUCCACUUCAGUCAGUACUCGGGGAAUAUUGAUGACUUGAAGAAUGGAGACGAAGUAGAGUUCGAGGCAGGCCUGGAUCGCCGAACGGGGAAGCCGAUUGCAUUGAAUAUUCAGAAACACGCACGGAUUCCAUCGGAGAUCAUCAGCGACAAGCGAUACGUGGGAGACGUCACGUAUGCACCCAAGCACAAUACAAUUAUUAAACCUGGAUCAAGUCCUCAGACAGAGCUUGGCCGAUUGUCUUACGAAAACAAAGGAGAGUGGUAUUUCCUUUCGUUCACGCCAUUGGACGUGAGUGGGGAUCUUACUGCACUGAAACAAGGAGACAAAGUUUCAUUCCGUAUUGCAACUGAUCAAAGGACCAACAGCAUGAAGGCGCGUGAUGUUCGUUUGGAGGAGUCGGCUGCCGCACCCAGACAUCAAGGAGUUGUCUGUUCUCUGAAAGACAACUUCGGAUUCAUAGAGAGGGCUGACUGUGUCAAGGAGAUCUUCUUUCACUUCAGUGAGUUCAUGGGCGAAGUGAGCAACGUCAAUGUGGGAGACGACGUCGAGUUCGAGAUACAUACCAGAAAUGGCAAAGAAGUGGCCACCUCUGUGUAUGCUCUGCCUGCGGGCACUGUGCAAUUUGAGGAUGUGCGUCCGGAGAUGAGGAGAGGAACAAUAGUGAAGCCGAUCCCGCGAGCGCCGGGUAAGAAGCCCAACCCAGACGAUCCACUUCCCGCAAGACUCAAGUACAAGGACGAGAUCGAAGGAGAAUGUGAGAUUGUAUUUGGCGAGAGAGAUCAGAACGGAGAGUACACUCUGCUGAUUGGUGACCACGUGACGUUCAAUCUAGCCAUUGACAAACGAGACAGUUUGAAAAGGGCGACUAAUGUGACGUUACUGGAGGAGAGUCUUCGCUCCAGUGGUGAGAAGAGGGAGAGAGGCACCAUCGCUACUCUUAAGGACGGAUUCGGAUUCGUCAACUGCUAUGACAAGGGAACUCGUCUUUUCUUCCACUUCAGCGAAGUACUCGACCAGAAAGGGUACAUCAAACUGAAUUGUGAAGUGGAAUUCUCAAUCAUCACGACUGACUCACCAGACAAGCAAAACGCAGUGCGCAUCAAGAUCCUGGGUCCAGGUAACCAAAAGAAGACGAACAGGUCAGGCAGUGCUUCUGGUUUAGCCUCAUUGUCAAUGGGUGGAAAGGGUUCUUCUGCGUCCAACUCUCCUCUCCUGAUACAUACCAACUCAUCACAGCUCUCUGCCAGUCCACUCACUGCCCAGAGUCCAAUUACGGUCGCCACGUUAGCUGACGGAGAGACUGUGACUAAGACACGUGGCUUUGUCUCGUGCAUCCUUCGCAACCAUGGCUACUUAGAGAGCGAGGACCACAAGAACGAGUUCUAUUUCCAGACGAGUGCAGUUAUGCUUCCUGUCGAUGGAUCCAGCAUGAGUCUGGAGGUAGGAGACGAAGUGCAGUUCCUCCUCAGGACCACAGGUGAAAAGUCCAUUGCCGACAACAUCUCACUCUUGGAAAGGAAGACCAUACAGUCAAUGACGCUUGACUCUGAAGCGUUGACUGGAGAAGUUGUGCGAGCCAUCCGUUCAUCUGCCGAAGACGUACAAGGUCUUAUCAAGGAGAAGAUUCAAGACCUGUUCACGGGCAGACAGUACAGAUUCAGUGGAUCCUCUUUCUGCCAGAAACCAAUUCCAGUUCUGCAGGCCGGAGACUUGGUUGAGUUUCGAGUGGGAACUGUGACCAAAACGGGCGAGAAAAGAGCAGUUGAGGUCAAACCCAAUAGAAGUAGGCUAAGGUCAAAGGUCACAGCUGUCAAGGGAGAGUUUGGUUUCAUUGCGCAUACGGCGGAGGGUGCAAAUGACAACAAGCAGUUGUUCUUCCACCAGUCGGAGGUGGCUGACUACGUGCGUCUGAAGCCAGGCGAUGAAGUGGAGUACGAAGUGGUGAAGAACCUGAAAACCAACAAGAGCUCCGCCACCAACGUCAAACGUAUCAGCACUGCUGCCAAUGCAACUGUUGAGAAGUCUACCGACCGUCUUAGCCAUCGAGUGAGAACCAUCUCACUUAGUCGUAACGAGUCAAAAGUAUCAAUCAUUCGGGAACCAUACGUAUCAGAUGGAACCAGAGGCUUCCAGUUCCAGCGAUCAAUUCCCGCGCCUAGCGAGACAGUCAAGAAAGAUGGCUCGAAAACUGAAGACGACGACGAUGAUCUGUUCGAUUCCAACGAAGAUGAUCUCUGUGCGGAAGACGGAAGCGGAGACAACUAUCACCAGGAAGAAAACGAAAAAGUGGGAUCAACAAUUCGUAUCACGUCGGCAGGGCCUGCCGGCGAAGCAAGUGCCGUCGGAACGAAUGCUACUGAGCCUACGAAGAAAGCGGUUGACUCUUGUGGUGACGCUUGAAAACAUUGAAUCAUCGAUCAGUUAUCGCUUGCCCCUUACUUUCCUUUUUAGCCAUUGGCUAUUACUUUAUUGACCUCUCGCAUUCCAAAUGUAUUUUUUCGACUUGUUUCAUAAGCUCAAAGCAAUCUUUUGAAAGGUGCCAUUUUAGAAAAAAAACUAUUUAUUGCCGCUAGAUACAUUUAGUUUUUUUUGCACGCUGGGUUGGAUGCCCAAAAAGCUUCCCAAAAUGUCAAUCAGUGUUAUCUUCAGUACUGGAUUUAAAAUUGUCCUGUUUUGUUGUUGUUUGUUCAGUUAAUUUUGCUCUUUAUUACUCGUGGCGGGAGUGAACGGAACGAAGUUGUUAAAGCAAUUGGAAAAUCAAAGUCGGAACUGGAACAUUAAGUGUAAUGCACAGAAAUCGAUCUCUAGUUAAAUGGAAAACAAGUUAAAAUAGUCGACUGAUGUAGCUUAGCUCGAAGUCGCUACCUAUUAGUUACAUUAGAAAUAAAAAAUAUUUGGACGUCUUAUUAUUUCCCAGAAAGUGCUCUUAAAUUAUCACAACUUUGUCGCAAACCUUACCAUCAAUUGACUUUUAUUACUACGCUCAACUCAACUUUUACACAAAGCCGUACCUUUCCAAUACUCCUUACCUACUUUUUUGACUCUUGCUAACCCUGUCGAUUUUUAUCAAGCGACUAAAACACAAAAAACCCCAUUUCCUAGUAUUAUUGCUUAAUAUGGCUUUUAUUAUACUAGAAAACCAACUAUAAUUAUGAAAGGAAAACCAAACUUCAUUGUAUUUGAAAACAAACUUACCAACUAAAAACUAUUCAUUAGUUCCAAACUUCAUUUUUUCACCAUGCUCUGUGAUUAGGACAACAAAAAAAGUUUACUGCAAAAAACAACCAAAAAUCAAAAAGCUUUCCAUAUUCAUGUACAUCUCUAAGUUAUAAUCGGCCUUAAUCUUAUUAAAUCUGUUUCUUGUUACUCAACAUUCGGGCUUAUUCCUACCCUCUCUUAUAUCCAGCUUCUGACGUGGGGCAAUAUUUACACACCAUUAUACACUGCUGUCGUCUGUAUCGGCUUCGCUGCUGUAAACCAACCGAAGAGUACUGUUUACAAAGAAUCAGCUUACGUUGCUUCCCACUUGAUUUGUUUUAAUUUUAAUUGGACCACUUGUCGUGGAAGCCUUCUUGCCUAAACACGAGGCUGCAACCAUUCUCAUACAACUGAACUAGAGGAGGGGUUCAAAAGGGAUGAGGAGGAAGAGGAUCAUUAUGAUGGGCAAACUGAGUCAAUCAGCCUUGGCCUUGCGACUCAGCUAAGCAAACUGAAUAAAACUUUUAAUUUGCAGCGAAGGUGCUAUUGUGGAGUGUCUAAAUUUGUUGUCAUUUGUCUCUUAGAAGACUUUAAGUUGUCUUUAAUUUGAGCCUUUAGUUGAGGUUGCAAGUGAAAUGAUAUAUUUAAUCAAAUUGAAAUAAAUUAUUUUGCAAUCUUA